GGUAGAGGCUGGAUUGUGAUAGCGACAGAUGCCUAGAAAACUGUGAGGGGCACUCCUCAGCUUCAACACAGUCCCAGACUGCACCUCCGAGAGCAGGGGCGGAAUCUGCAGCUGUCACUCUAAAGGUUUACCUCCAUUACCACAUCCAGCCGGAGCUUGGACAAGUGAUCACUCUCUAGAAAUACAGGAGACAUCAUGGGAGGCAAACUGAGCAAGAAGAGGAAGGGAUAUGAUGUGAGUGACCCCAAAGAGACAAAGGAUGAGACCUCAGCAAUAGUUGGGGGUGCAGAGGAGUCUGCUAAAGUGGAGGCUGUAGCCCCAUCCACAGAAGCUGAGUUGACAGCUAAGGCAGACAAUGUGGUGGAACAAGCUGUGGAGUCAGCUGUGGCAGGAGUAACUGAAGCUGUAAAAGCUCCAGAAGAACCCAAAUCUGCACCUCCGGAGGAACCAGCUCCUGCAGCUCCAGAGAAGGUAGCUCCAGUAGAGGAACCAGUUGCAGCAGCAGAGAAGGCUGCUUCAGUAGAGGAACCAGAUGCAGCAGCAAAGCAGGCUGCUUCAGUAGAGGUUUCAGUUGCAGCAGCACAGGAGGUAGCUCCAGUAGAGGAACCAGUUGCUGCGGCAAAGGAGUCUGCUCCAGUAGAGGAACCAGUUGCAGCGUCAAAAGAGGCUGCUCCAGUAGAGGAACCCGUUGCAGCGACAAAGGAGUCUGCUCCAGUAGAGGAACCAGUUGCAGCGUCAAAAGAGGCUGCUCCAGUAGAGGAACCCGUUGCAGCAGCAAAGGAGGCUGCUUCAGAAGAGGAACCAGUUGCAGUAGCAAAGGAGGCUGCUCCAGUAGAGGAACCAGUUGCAGCAGCAAAGGAGGCUGCUUCAGUAGAGGAACCAGUUGCAGUAGCAAAGGAGGCUGCUUUAGUAGAGGAACCUGUUGCAGCAGCAAAGGAGGCUGCUUCAGUAGGGGAACCAGUUGCAGUAGCAAAGGAGGCUGCUCCAGUAGAGGAACCAGUUGCAGCAGCACAGGAGGAAUCUCAAGUAGAGGAACCAAUUGCAGCAGCAAAGGAGGCUGCUCCAGUAGAGGAACCAGUUGCAGCCGCACAAGAGGCAUCUCAAGUAGAGGAACCAGUUGCAGCAGCACAGGAGGCAGCUCAAGUAGAGGAACCAGUUGCAGCAGCAAAGGAGGCAGCUCAAGUAGAGGAACCAGUUGCAGCAGCACAGGAGGCAGCUUCGGUAGAAGAACCAGUUGCAGCAGUAGAGGAACCAGCUCCAGUCGUACAAGAACCUGGUGUAGCAGCAAAGGAAUCUGUUCAAGCAGCAGAAGAACUCACUGCAGCAGCAGAGGAGUCAGCUCCAGUAGUUGAGGAAGUUGAAGAACAAGCUCCAGCAGAGAUCUCAGAGGCUACAACAGCAGCAUCAAAAGAACCUGCGCCAAGUGAGGUUGAACCUGAGUCUGCAGCUGUACCCGAAGAGCUCCCUGUAGAAGAACCUGCUGUAGCUGUAGAAUCUGUGCCAGAGCCAGAGGUUGUUCUGGCUAGCACAGAAGACCAAGAGGCAGAGCCCAUGCCAAAGACUGUUACUGAGCCGGAAGCCACUGUGGAGGAGACAGUGAGGCCUGCUGCUGUCCCCGAACCUGAACCAGUGGCUGAGCCAGCUGUAGAGCCAAUGCCGGAGCAAGCCACAGUACCAGAGCAAACACUCAAACCAGAGCCCGAGCAACAACCAGAUCCAGAACCCAAACCAGAGCAAACACCAGUGCCGGAGCUUAAAAUAUCGCCAGAACCUGAGAAAGAGGCUGUUGCAGUGGAAUCUGCAGCAGAGAAACAAGUAGAGAACAUUGAGCCAGAACCAAUUGUAGCCACAUCUGACACUGAAGUACCUGAGGUCUUGGAGACUGCAGCAGAGGAGGUCCCCGCAGAAUGUCAGCCUAUAGAAGAGGAAACUGCAACAGGAGCCUCCAGCACUGAGGCGGCAGCUGAGCCAGAAGUAGCAGAACCUGUCCCUGAAAUUGUCAUCUCAGAGUCUGUUUCUGCCAGCGAAAUUACUGCUGAGUCUGAAGAGGUAACUGAAGCCUCUGUGAAAGAGGUGCCUUGCCCAGAGCCUGAGGUUGAAAGCAAUGAGGAAAAUGGAAAUUUAGAGAGCCCUGUUACAGAGGAUGUGGCAGAAGUAGAUGCACCUCCAGCUGUGAAUGGAGAGUGUACAGAUUCUGCCGCCGCACAGACAGAGGAAUGUGUUAACGGUGAUGAAAAGCCAGAGGAGAUGCCUAUCAAGGAGCAGAGUGACUUUGAACUGAAAAAGGACAUGAACCUGAGUGGGGAUGUCCAGGAAGUUCCCGAUGCAGUCUCCGACAUGAUGGUGGGUCUCAGCACUGAAGUCACCCAGGCAGUCUGAAAAGAAAGUAUCUGUCAAAUCAAUGUGAAUUCAGUUUAAUCCUCCGAUUGUGCGAGAAAACCAUCAAGGUAUCACACACAGCUAGGCUUUCUGUAAUGCUGUAACCACCGCAAUGUUUAUAGUGGUAACUCAGGCAAACGGAUGUUUUCUUUUGAGUAACCAAAAAUGAAAUGCAACAACUUGAGGAUAGAAAGAGAGACGGACAGAAACACAGAGAGAGAGAUAGGAAGUAAGAUGGGAGUGCAGACAAGAGACAUUUGGAAUUUGAAGGUGAAUGCAGACGGACAGUGAAACUAGACAGAAGAGGAAAAACACUAGAGAGUAAAUAUGGUAUUAAUGAAUGGAAUGAAUAAAUCUGUGUGUGAGCCCGAUGAAUAUUACAAAGUGGUUUAUUGGAAAAGCGUUCAUUAUUAGUAUGUUAUCUGAUUUAGAAUGUCGUAUAUCCUUUCUAUUACUAUAUGCAGAGACCUGACAUAAAUGUUUUGGCCUUUUCUAAUAAUGGUACCUGUGAGGACUGUUCAUUUCAAAUUGAUUGUUCGGAAUAGAGAAUAAAAAGAGAUUGUUAUAGCCUACA